UUCCAGGUGAGGUCCACAGAGCCGGUGGAUGCGGCCGGGAGACCCAUCCGGCCAGAGGGGCCCCUCAUCAAGAUAGAUAUGCCCAGAAAGCGUUACCCGGCCUGGGAUGUACACUUUGUGGAUCGACGGCUCCGCAGGACCAUAAACGUGCUGCAGUACAUCAGCCCCAACGCGGCGGGCAUCAGGUAUAGGGAUGGGCCGCUCCUAUAUGAGCUACUGCAGUACGAGUCCUCUCUCUGAAGGAAUACUCUCCUUCCUUCUCCCCCACUCCCCCACUCCCUCUCUCUCUCUCUCUCUCUCGUUCUGUUCUUCCUGGAUCUUCUCCUCUGUUAUAUCUGGUGCUCUCCCAGUCAUCCAGUCCCUCUACAUGAGCCUGUGUGUGUGUGUGUGUGUGUGUAUGCUGUCAACUCUACCAAGAAGCUGUCAAGACUAUACACACAUAGUACAAUCAUACUUUAUUUUUGGGAAAAAAUAACACAUACAGAGGAAAAAAAUGGACUAAUCUGAAAUAUGAAAGAUAAUUUUCACAGUGAGAUAUAUAACCCUCUUGAGGGGGGUGUGGGGGGGGGGGCGUUAUCUGUCUGUCUGUGUGUCUGUCUGAAUGUGUAUAUAAAGUAUGUCUGUGUAACUAUGAUGUGUGUUCAUAUAUACUGCGUUGGGUGAUGACGAAGGUGAUAAUGAUGAUGAUGAUAUUUGCAGUGGAUGUGUUGUUCCUGUCAUGUGACUGGUGCAGUGAUGAGAAUGAUGGAGGAGGGGUUGACACUGUGGCAGAUCUUUCCACGCAAAGACACCAAUCUAACUUCCAUAUCUCUACGGAAUUGAAUUCUUUAAAUGGCUGAACACAAACGACAGCCCGUCAGCCUCAAAUAAUCAGACCUACAGUUGAGAAGCACACAGGUAUCAGAUUACAAAGGAACACAUAGGCACAUUUAGACAUUUUAAAAUGUCUGCACAACAUGUGACUAUUCCAUGAAUGUCGAUCACCUUCUCUCCCAGCCCUGGAAAUGUGUUGUAAUCAUUUCACACUUUCUGCAGAGGUUAUCCCUAAACACAGGUCUUGGAUCAACUCUCAACCCUAAUUUCAACUGUUUGAGGAAGAAAUCAACCAAAUCAGAGUUUAUUGGCACAAAUUCCACCCAUAGCGUAACAAAACAGUGGCCUCUGCUGGUAGCAGUCUGUAACAGCAUGCUCGAUGUGGUUAUUUCUAUGGAUGGUUGACAAUAUAUCCCAGUGGCAAUAAAUCCCAGUGGAAAUUUAUACUGGGACACAUUGAAGACAAGCAUUAGUUUAGACACAACUCUUCUUUUCCUUCUGACAUGGCUUUCACCAGUAAUAAAAUGCUCAAGGCAUUUCUCUAUAGCAAAGAGGAUGAAUGUUUAAAGGUGCUUCUACGCAACGGUUUGUAGGGGUGAAAAGAGUUUAUCCGACAUUCCAAAGAACUAUGUUUUGCUAUUGAAAUGAACAACUCAAAUUUGAAAUAUAGUCAAAUAUCUAGAUAAAUCCAAUAAGUUUUAGAGGUCACAAUGGUGGCUGUUGAAAAGCAACCAUCCAAAAAGCACAUGAGACAUAACGAUGUACAGAACAGAACAAUGCAAUGACUUUCACUGUUCCUCCAGCAUUCCCUGCUGCUUCACUGUUCCUCCAGCAUUCCCUGCUGCUUCACUGUUUCCUCCAGCAUUCCCUGCUGCUUCACUGUUCCUACAGCAUUCCCUGCUGUUUCACUGUUCCUACAGCAUUCCCUGCUGUUUCACUGUUCCUACAGCAUUCCCUGCUGUUUCCACUGUUCCUACAGCAUUCCCUGCUGCUUCACUGUUCCUACAGCAUUCCCUGCUGUUUCACUGUUCCUACAGCAUCCCCUGCUGUUUCACUGUUCCUACAGCAUUCCCUGCGUUUCACUGUUCCUCCAGCAUUCCCUGCUGCUUCACUGUUCCUCCAGCAUUCCCUGCUGCUUCACUGUUCCUCCAGCAUUCCCUGCUGCUUCACUGUUCCUACAGCAUUCCCUGCUGCUUCACUGUUCCUCCUCCUCUUCUUUGUUUCUCCCUCCUCCUCCUCCACAUCCUCUGUUUCUUCCUCCUCCUCAUCCUCUUUGUUUCUCCCUCCUCCUCCUCCUCCUC